AUUGUGAAAAAGGAGGAUAUUUCGUCGGCCUAUAAAUGAUUCCCUCUGAGAAUGUCUUCUACUCCGAAGGCAGAAGCAGAGCUCACCGAUCGCCACAGGCAAGCUCCAACCAUGGCGAUGGCUUUCAAGAUGGCGACGGAGGGGAUGCGGGUGAAGCAGGAGUGUUUGAGCUCAUUCAUGGAGAUGAAGUGGAAGAAAGUGAGCCGCUACGUGGUGUACAAGAUCGACGAGCAGGCACGGGAGGUGAUGGUCGACAAGGUCGGCGCCGCCGGCGAGGGCUACGACGGCCUCGCCGCCGCCCUCCCAGCCGACGACUGCCGCUACGCCGUCUUCGACUUCGACUUCGUCUCCCGUGAUAACUGCCAGAAGAGCAAGAUCUUCUUCAUCACCUGGUCCCCAACCGCAUCAAGGAUCAGAUCAAAGAUCUUGUAUGCAACCUCAAAACAAGGACUGAGAAGGCUACUGGAAGGGAUCCACUAUGAGGUGCAAGCAACUGACCCUACAGAGAUGGGAUUUGAUGUGAUCCAAGAGAAGGCCAAAUGAGCAAGUUGGAUUAAUAAUUGCCAGCAUCAGCUGCUGCUCACUGACAAAGUAUUCCUAGAUCUUGUUUCGUUUAGCUUAUCAUGUGCUUGAGGCAGUGCAUUCUCCCAUUCAUCUUUGGCAUUGCUUGUCUUUAAUGUAGUAGUAAUGCAUUAUGAAGUGUUCCUGGAAAGGGAAUAAUGUUCUUUUAUCGAAUGCACCAGUUAAGCCGAUCUUAAACAGUUGGGACUUGUGUCUUGUUGCUUGGCACCCAAAUAACAUGUUCGGUUUCUUCGGUGA